UAUAUAUUUAUCCUCGCCCAUAUCUUUCCUUCCACCUCAAGGCAGCUCCCCUGUUCUCCUUCUAGCUGAAUCCUCCGUGAAGACAGAAACAGAGAAGAAGAAUACGGAAAGGAGAGAAGAAGAGAAGUUUGGGGGUCUUGCAAUGGCUCCGAGGACGAAGGGAGGCGACGCCGGAGAGGGAGGAGGAAACUUGCAGGUCAUUCGCUUCCGGGGCGUGAGGAAGCGGCCGUGGGGGCGGUACGCCGCGGAGAUCCGCGACCCCGCGAAGAAGAGCCGCGUCUGGCUCGGUACCUUCGACACGGCGGAGGAGGCGGCGCGCGCCUACGACGCCGCCGCUCUCCAGUUCCGCGGCCCCAAGGCCAAGACCAACUUCCCCUACCCCGACCCUCGCCACUUCCCCGCCGUCUUCGUCGGUGCUGGGUCCGGAUCCGCCGCCUCCAGCCCCAGCAGCAGCACCGUCGAGUCCUCCACCCCUUCCCUGCCGUAUCCCGCCGCGCCCCCGCCGCUGGAUCUCGAGCUCGGCCACGCGUCCGCCCGCCUCCCCUUCCUGCACCCCCUCCCGGCCACCGCAGCGCCGGCGCAUCCCUUCUUGUUCCUGGACGCGAUGGCGAGAUCGGAGAAGGCGGUAGCUGUGACAGGGUUCAAGACCGUGGCGAUGAGUGCCUACGGCGGGGCGCACAGCGAGUCGGCUUCGUCCCUGGACAUGAGUUAUUCUCUCUCUCCUGUUGUGAUGGCUGCGCCGGGUAGGAGGCUUCCCUUCGAUGUCGAUCUCAACCUGCCGCCUCCGCCGGAGGUGGCAUGAGAUCCGUACGUCUUCAAAUCUCGACAGAGAUAGAAUAAUAAAACUAUCAAAUAUAUAUAUCCUCAUCUUAAAGUCUUGGUUAGAGAAGAUGUAAACAAAUAGCUUUUUGGGGUUUUUUUCGACGCUGAGAAAUUAAAGGGAAUCUCGGAGAUGAAGAGGGAGAUCCGACUCAGUGUUGUUUCAAAUCUACUAUAUGUGUUUUUGAUGUGCAAUUAAAAUUUUUCUGCCACCUUUUUAA